CGGCGGAAGCGUUCCGGCGAGAGGCGGUGGCGGAUCCCGCGGGUCUCGGGAUUGCGGAAGUUCGCUCGGAGGGUCGCAGGGGCCGGCGGAGUGGUCGGGGAUUAACAAGUUCCCCCCCCCCCGCCGCACCUCCCGGAACGGAGGUCGCGCGGCUCGAGCCCGAGCGCCACGAGUCCGUCUCCUGAGGGGUGAGGCCGUCACCCUGGGUGCGAUUGGGCGCCGCAGCCUUUGGCUCCCUCCGUCCCUGGCUCGUCCCCGAGGAACCGCCUCAGCUCCACCAUGGCUUCCUCCGGUCCCAACCUCCAGAAAGCCAUAGAUCUUGCUAACAAAGCGGCACAGGAAGACAAAGCUGGCAACUAUGAGGAGGCCCUGCAACUAUAUCAGCAUGCUGUGCAGUAUUUUCUCCAUGUUAUUAAAUAUGAAGCACAAGGUGAUAAAGCCAAACAGAGUAUCAGGGCCAAGUGUACGGAGUAUCUUGAUAGGGCAGAAAAACUGAAAGAGUACCUGAAGAAAAAGGAGAAAAAGCCACAGAAGCCAGUGAAAGAGGGACAUCCAAGUCCAGCUGAUGAGAAAGGGAAUGACAGUGAUGGGGAAGGAGAAUCUGAUGAUCCUGAAAAAAAGAAACUACAGAAUCAACUUCAAGGUGCCAUUGUUAUAGAGAAACCAAACGUGAAGUGGAGUGAUGUGGCUGGACUUGAAGGAGCCAAAGAAGCACUCAAAGAGGCUGUGAUUCUGCCUAUUAAGUUUCCUCAUCUUUUUACGGGCAAGAGGACACCUUGGAGAGGAAUCCUAUUGUUUGGGCCACCUGGGACAGGAAAAUCCUAUUUAGCCAAAGCUGUAGCGACAGAAGCAAAUAAUUCAACAUUCUUUUCAAUAUCUUCUUCUGACCUUGUUUCUAAGUGGUUGGGGGAAAGUGAAAAGUUGGUUAAGAACUUAUUCCAGCUUGCAAGAGAGAACAAGCCUUCCAUCAUCUUCAUUGAUGAAAUUGAUUCUCUGUGUGGCUCCCGGAGUGAAAAUGAAAGUGAGGCUGCACGGAGAAUUAAGACUGAGUUCCUCGUCCAGAUGCAAGGGGUUGGUGUGGACAACGAUGGAAUUUUGGUUCUGGGAGCCACAAAUAUACCCUGGGUUCUGGAUUCUGCCAUUAGACGAAGAUUUGAGAAGCGAAUUUAUAUUCCUUUGCCUGAAGCCCAUGCCCGAGCAGCAAUGUUUAAACUGCACUUGGGCAGCACUCAGAAUAGUCUAAAGGAAGCCGACUUCCAAGAACUUGGGAAGAAAACGGAUGGCUAUUCCGGAGCAGAUAUAAGCGUCAUUGUGCGAGAUGCACUUAUGCAGCCUGUUAGGAAAGUUCAGUCGGCCACUCAUUUCAAAAAGGUUCGAGGACCUUCCCAAGCUGACCCUAACAUCACCGUAGAUGAUUUGCUGACACCCUGUUCUCCAGGGGACCCCGGAGCCAUUGAAAUGACGUGGAUGGAUGUCCCCGGAGAUAAGCUUCUAGAGCCAGUUGUUUCCAUGUGGGAUAUGUUGCGGUCACUGUCAAACACAAAACCCACCGUCAAUGAACACGACUUGUUGAAAUUAAAGAAGUUUACAGAAGAUUUUGGCCAGGAAGGUUGAACCAAAGAUAGCAGAGAAGAUGUUUACCCUAUGUCUUUCUUUCUUUCAUGGAUUUUUUUUUUCUUUUUGCCUUUCUGGGCUGGCAUUGACUUUAUUUCCAGUGAAACACUUAGCACAGGAUACAGACAUCUCACUUCAGAGUUCCUUUGUACUUUCAUCCAUUACCUGUUAAAUGCUUCCAUAGACAAAGAUGGUACAAUAGUGGGUUACAA